CCUACACGCCGGCUACAUACUAAUGUCAUGUGUUCUAAGUUAUAAGUAUGGGUGGUGCUCGACGAUGACACUCGGUUUCACAGUGGUCAUUGUGUCGGGCAGACCGCGCCAACAUGAGAGCCGCGGUAAUCGCGUUGGUGAUAUGCGUGUGCAUGUGCUUAUCAGCCGCUGAUGUGGCACGCCUGAAGGCUACGAAGGCCCGACUGGCGGCGAGGAUCGCAGGGAAAGUGAGACAUCAUAAAAGGGGAGUGCUGUCUCCGAUACCUCCAUACAAACUCGGACAUGACAUCCCGCUGGUGACACACUCAGUGGUGAAGCCUCUCGUGGUGACCUACCCCCCGACUGCAUCCGUAACGGCUGUGAAAGUGCCUCUCACGCAUCCAUUCAUCCAUCGACACCCGGUGUCUGUCGGACAUAAAGUGAAUCAUCCACAUUCCCAUUUUGGGUCCAAGUAUCCGCAUACGAAUACCGUGCUAGUGCCGAAGCCCGAUCAUCACUUCCACCACCAUCAUCACCAUGUCGAACCUAAACCGGUGUUGCCAGUGUUGCCAGCACCGCCUGCACCCGCUACUCCCGUAGUUCCGAUCCCGCAACCAACAGGGACCGUAGCGCAUCCAAUUCCAGCGCCCUCCCCGCCAGUAGUUCUACAUCCUUCACCGAUCCUCCCUCCUCAGCCAGUACCUAUUGCCCCGCCGCCGCUUCACGUGUUACCUUCGAACCAUAUAGAUGUUAAACCAAUCCUCCCUGCUGCAACUGUACCCCUCCAUCCUGCCGCAGCAGUACCUUUUCAGCCCGCACCUAUACCGCUACCACAGGCGCCACAUGUACCUGCACCGAUACCAUUAGCGCCACAAUACCCAUAUAUAAUACGACCAGGUAACGCUGUGCAGACAUCUUUCUUUGCCACUUAUCCCAGAUAUCCUCUCUUGAACUACCACAGUCCACUUUUACCUUUGGCUCCACCGAUCGCACCGGCAUCCAUUAAUCAAGUCGUUUUGCAACGUCCUCAUGUACCUUCAUUCCACCUAGUACCACAAGCAGCUGGAGGCGAGGGGGUCCUAGAGCAACCAGUUCCUACUGUGCCUGUAGAACCCACUCUUAUACAUCCAACUCAGCCUGUUCCACAACCAACAGUCCAUUUGCAGCCGACUCAGCCAGCGGUAUCUAUCGACAGUAACGGCUGGUCUCCAGUGCCGUCGCAAGCGCACGACCUCACUCCUGUACAACACACUGAAGCUCAUUUCCCACAGCCAGAACAUCACUUUACUCAAGAGCAAGCCACUCAAGUUUUUGAACACCACACCGGCAACGAACAACAGUAUCACGACUAUCAACAUCAACUGCAGCACCACAUUCAACAACAACUCGAACAAUCGCAGUACGAACAUAAUCUGAACCAUCAGCAUCAACUUCCUCAAGAAUACGGCGCUCCUCAACAAUUGAGCCAUGAGUACGGUCAGCCGAACCAAGAAUACCCUCAACAUGCACAAGACUUUUCACAACACAAUCAAGAUUUUUCUCAACAUAACCAAGAUUACGCGCAACACGGUCAAGAUUACGCGCAGCACACUCAAGAUUACGCGCAGCACGCUCAAGAUUACGCGCAGCAUGCUCAAGAUUACGCGCAGCAAGCUCAAGAUUACGCGCACGCGCAACAUGCACAGGAAUACGCGCAGCACGCUCAAGAAUACGCACAACAUGAUUAUAGCCAGCAAGGUCAAGAGCACGCGGGGAAUGAUUUCAACUUAGCCCACCAACAAUUAGGGCAGGAGUACGGGCUCCCACAGGCCGAGGGACGGAGCGUGGACAAUGAGGGCGAGAGCGAAGCCCAACGGUACCACAACCACAUCCCGUUAGGGCUGCAGCCGCCUAUCAACCGGCCCCCGGAACAGUUCCGAUAGCUCGCCCCGCACCACUGUGAUUGACACGUGUGAUGUCUGCGUAUAUGACAUAUACAUAUGUAGUUAAUAAUCAUAAAAACCUCAUAAAAUGUAUGACAUAAACGUAAGACGAGUCGGUGAACGAUUCGUUUUUGGCAUUUACGUUUUUAGAUAUUGAAUAUAUAGCAUCUAGUGAACAGUACACACGGCACUUGUAAAUAUGCACGAAAUUGUAAAUUAUUAUUUAUAUUUUACGCAAAAUAUCAAGGAAUGUCUAAUUUAUUUAUAUCAAUUAUUAAUUGUGAAGAGGUCGAUUCAGAAGAUAGAAGUAAUAUUAUUAUAUUUCUUAUUAAAACACUUUAUUUAACAAAAUUAAUACUAAGCCAAAGAUAACGGCAAAUAAAUUAACUUUUUGUUCGAGUGAUAAUGUGCAGCAGAUUGGCCAUAUCUGUAGACUGUUUUUGUGAAACAGUUUAAAUACUUAUUUAUUAUAGAUACGUAUAUUUUAUAUUAUAUUUGAGAUUUUCAAGUAAUCGUAGAGUUCCAUUCAGCCGGCGAAUGGUACGAUUUACUUUUGUCUCUGAAAAUUGUCUUUUUCGGCAUAAGUAUUAUUAUUAAUUUAAAAAUUAUUAAUAAAUUAUUUAUUAUUAACCAACAUUAUUUUUUU